AUGAAGGUCCUCGGAUUUCAGCAUGAGCAGUUCAGCGAGGGGCUGCUGCCGCACUUAACCUUGGAAAACCUCAUCGCAGGUCUGCCAUACCUUUUAAUGAUCUUCCUAUGCUUCGCCUACAUGGGCCUUUCAUCUCUCUGCAAGGAGGGAGAGCCAGAUCCGACGUCUUCACUCCUGCUGCAGCUGAAGAAGAGCUUGUGUGUAGACGAUUGGGAAGCAUCCCUUCGCUCAGUGGGCGUCGUGGUUUUAAUCUUCUCGGUUUGCUACAGGAAGAUGCACUUGCUGACCGGCAAGAGGAAAUCUGCGUAG